CUGGAGUUCUUACAAGACAGCUGGCAGGUUUUACUAUUUCCUGUCGCCUAUUUGCCAAGCUCGCGGGUACGCAUGCCUCAGGGCUGAGCCCCGCACGCCGAAACUACGCUGAGAGACCAGGCUAGGCGGCCCACUAGAGAACACAUAGCGUCUCCGAAGAUCAGCCCCAAUGAACAUGUCAGUGUUGACUUUACAAGAAUAUGAAUUCGAAAAGCAGUUCAACGAGAAUGAAGCCAUCCAAUGGAUGCAGGAAAACUGGAAGAAAUCUUUCCUGUUUUCUGCUCUGUACGCUGCCUUUAUCUUUGGUGGUCGGCACGUGAUGAACAAGCGGGCGAAGUUUGAACUGAGGAAGCCUUUAGUGCUCUGGUCUCUGACCCUCGCAGUCUUCAGUAUAUUCGGUGCUCUUCGAACUGGUGCUUACAUGGUGUACAUUUUGAUGACCAAAGGCCUGAAGCAGUCAGUUUGUGACCAGGGUUUUUACAAUGGACCUGUCAGCAAAUUCUGGGCUUAUGCAUUUGUGCUAAGCAAAGCACCUGAACUAGGAGAUACAAUAUUCAUUAUUCUGAGGAAGCAGAAGCUGAUCUUCCUUCACUGGUACCACCACAUCACUGUGCUCCUGUACUCUUGGUACUCCUACAAGGACAUGGUGGCCGGGGGUGGUUGGUUCAUGACGAUGAACUAUAGUGUGCACGCCGUGAUGUACUCUUACUACGCCUUGCGAGCAGCGGGUUUCCGAGUCUCCCGGAAGUUUGCCAUGUUCAUCACCUUGUUCCAGAUCACUCAGAUGUUGAUGGGCUGUGUCAUUAACUACCUGGUCUUCUACUGGAUGCAGCAUGACCAGUGUCACUCUCACUUUCAGAACGUCUUCUGGUCCUCACUCAUGUACCUCAGCUACCUUGUGCUCUUCUGCCACUUCUUCUUUGAGGCCUACAUCGGCAAGAUGAGGAAAACCAUGAAGGCUGAAUAGUGUUGGAACUGAGGAGGAAGCCAUAGCUCAGGGUCAUCAAGAAAAAUCACAGACAAAAGAAAAUGGCACAAGGAAUCACAUAUGGUGCAGCUAAAACAAAACACAUGAGCAAACACAAAACCCAAGGCAGCUUAGGGAUAAUUAGGUUGACAUAACCCAGUAAGUUUAUGAUCCUUUUUGGGUGAGGACUCACUGAGUGCACCUCUAUCUCAAAGGACCGCUGCUAGAGGGCCCCAUUUCUUCUUUAUCUGUCGUCAACUUUAAGACAAAUGAGAGCAAAAGUGAGCCAGAGGCAGAGAGAGAGAUAUCGAAGGCAAACAAAGGUUAUUAACACUGAAAAGUAUUUACUAAGUGUUAUAUUUCUCUGAGAAUGAAAGAAGUUUACUUAAAAACUGUGCAAGCACAUGCACACACAAUCUAAUCUUUUUGACACUAAACUGGAGCCAAUAGAAUAGAUAAAAAUGGAAGAGACACAGGGUGUAUAUCUACAACAUUAAUCCUUUUGCAAAACUUAAAGCCUUUUUAAGAAAGGUUAGUAGCUGUAGCCCCAUGAGGAAAGAUGUCUUAAUCACCUCUUACAAAAACAGAUAUAAACAAGUAUAUUUCAACUGGUGUUUUCCUCUUAACAGCACAGCUUCAGGCUGGUGGGUUUGCCAGAACCAAACGGGGCACAGUGUCCUUCCCAGGUUCUUCCUGGGAGGGUGGAAAAAAUGCGGCCCAGUGCUGGAAGGAGCAGCUCCAUCUCAGAGCAUUUCUGGUAGUUUUAUCAGUAAUUUCUAUUCUUGAGUGAGAUAUGAAGCAUCAUCCUUGGUUCAGGUACCCCAGGCUUUUGAAAAGAGUAAAUACAGGAUAGAAAAAGUGAAACUCAACUGAAUGAUUUGAAAGUGGAUUCUGUAGUACAUGUACAAAGGUUUGAUCCAGUACCAUUCUUGAGCUGAGAAGGGAGAAAAGCAGGGAAAAGAAGUGAGCCGAAGAUCUUUACAAUGUAUACCCUUACCUAUUUGACUUCACACAUAGUCAUAACUUUCCACAUGAGAAUCUGUGGUACAAUCUAUAUCUUCUAUAUUUUUGUGAAUUUCAAAAAUCUGCAGGGCCCUUUCCUGAUACUGAGUGAACACUGUGUUUCUGCAUCAUCUGCAUUUGCUUCCUAAGCAAUGUAGAGGUGUGUAAAGUGCCCUCUGCUGGUCAAGUGGAGAUACUUCAACAAAUGCUUCCUGGGAAGUUUGGAACUGUCGCCAACAAAGGGCCCCCUAUAGACUUAUCCUCCAAAUUUUAAGUAAUACAAAAUACACGUCAUAUUUUUGGCCAAAUCAGAAGACAUCUUUCCUGCUUCAAGUCAGCUUCAGAAAUUUUUUAAAAAGGACUUUCACUCUGGAACUCAGAAAGUCAGUUUAUUAAGAGCCAUAUUCUUUAAAAAGAAAAGGUAGUUAAUAUAUUAUUGGUAAUAUUUCAGUCCUUUACAAGCCAAAUAAAUGUGUAAACAUUCCUAGUAUUUCAAAGAAACAAUUAUGUAAAGUUGUUCAAUGUGAUAUAAUAGUAUUCUAAUUGGUUAAGUAGCUUAAUGAUUAGACACACUAGUUGAAAAGAGUAGGGGCUGCUCCACUGCGUAGAUCACACAUGUAGAGCCACACAUAUGCACAAAUGUGGGGUGCACCGGCUUUCAGAGCCCAAACGAAUAGAAACACACUUUCUGGCUAGCAGAAAAGAAACCGUUGUUUAUCUUUUCUUGCUUUAUUUGAGAGUGUACAGUAAAAGGGAUUUUUUCAAAUUAUUUUUAUAUUAUUUUAGCUUUAAUUGUGCUGUCAUUCAUGAAACAGAGCUGUUCUGCUUCUCUGUCAGAGAUGACAAGGGCUUUCUCAGCAUCUCGUUUAUGUGUGGAAUUGAAAAGAAUAAAGUUUUAUUCCAUUCUGUGUGAAUGGUUUGAACAGUGAACAAGGAACCCAUGCAGACCAAGUCAUGACUGAUAGACCGGGGUGGGGGGUGGGUCGUGUGCAGUGGGGGAGCUGUUACAUCUGUGUUAAGUUAUUGUGAACAGUCUGAUGUCCUGACAUCAGUUCAUUGAUAAGAAACAAUUGAUGGAGGAAUGUAUGAUGAUUAGGGCAAAAGUUGACGGUGAGCUGAAAAGAUAGGUUCUGCUGUAACAACUAACAGACCCUUACAAUGAAAAUAAUGUUUUGAGCUUUGAAAAUAGGUGAGACUGUGCAAUAAGCUUUUCUUUUUCAUGACAAAAAAUAAGCAGAAUGACUAAACUGAGGAAAAGGUCAAAGAACAACUGAAUUAAGCUUAAUUGAAGGACCAUUUAGAGCUCAUCUGGUUGAUUUGAUUUACUUGUUUAAUCCAUUGAUUUAUCAUUGACCUGUUAAUGCAGGUUAGAGUAAGGAAGUGAUCAUAAACCUUAAAUGGACUCUCAGUGAUUCCCAAGCACUUUCAUUUUGAUGUAGGUUCAUACUUGUGUUCACUUGUGAGGUCAUUUAGAAUUUGUGUUUAGAGGUUGAAUAUCUAAUAAAUAGUUUUUUAAAUUAGUUAAAUAUAUCUAAAGGCAAUUCCAAUGUUUAUCAUGGGAGGAGAAAAAACACAUUAAAAAAUCUGGUAAUACAGGUUCAGUACAAGGUUUUUAACAUCUCGGCUUACCUGCUUAAUUACAUCAAGAUAGGAGGCUCUAUCACUAGCCCAAGCCAAAUCUGAAACCUACCAGAGAAUUGACUGCCACAUAGACAAUUCUGCUGUCAGUUAACAUUCCAGAAAAAUUUGGGCAGGCAAGUUUCUGUAGCUGCCCAACUAUGCUGCAAUCAGUUAUCUUUCUAGUGAAGAAUUUUCACUGCAUUCCAAUUACAGUAUGAUGAAAACAUUCCUACAUUGAAAACAAACAAACAAAUUCUUCAUUUCAUAUAUAAGUACAUGCAAUUUGAUACACUAGGUCUGAGUAUCAACCCAAGCCUGUGAGUUUGCAAUGAAAAGCAUUCUAGUGAGAAAUGCUCUGUUCACAGAGGGAGAGGUUUUAUCUGGACCUGCUAGCUUUACUAGUGAGAAAAGCGACUACUACAUAUACUAUUUAUACCCAGCACCCAGCCAAAGUACCAAAUGAAUCAUAUAUUGAGGUUAUUGUUCCAGGUAAUUUACUCCCAUCCUACUCACACUUCAUUACAAAAAUGAGGAAAGGGUACAUAGGUACAUAUUGCUGAAGAGGGUGAGAAGCAUUGAUUACAUCUCUGUCACUUAACCUCUGCAGAUGUAGCUCUGCACUGAGUCAAAAAACCUUAUGUAAGUGGGGUUUUUGUAGAAUUAAAUGGAAGAGCACUUGUAGGAGAGAGACUCACAGAAUUUAAAAAUCAUGCGGUAUCCUCAUGAGGAGAUAAAACCUGUUGCAUCAGGGCAACAAAUUGCCUGAAGUCAAUUACACUGGAGUAGAAUAUUCCAGAAGUCUGGCCUCAUUCCCAGACUGCUGAAUUACCUGGGAGAGACAACAUGCUCAGGUUACCAUCUUUGUGCUGGUAGAACAGCCUCUCUACAGUGACUAUGUGUCACACGACUGAGUCAGCUCCCACACACCUGGGCUUUCUUCCAGUUUAGUUAAUGAUUGUUUAACACAGUUGUUGGACUGGCCACAUGCUGAUGCAAGAGCAUUAUAGGGGAGUGAGGAUUGAAUAGACUUUGCCUCCCAGAGUGCAGUGCUUUGAGUUGUAUGUGCGUGGUCCACAUCUGUCCCUUUUAGAUACUUCCUUCCCUGAAAAAGUUUCCAUCCCAAAAAGUACAAUUGUUUGAGAAUUUUGUGAUGAAAGUCCAGAACUUUUUGGUAGCCCAUUCUUUUUGUUUUCAGUGAUAAAUAUUAUGUUACCAGUUCGGGAUGGUAAUAGAGCCUAUGUCUGAACUGUGAGUCCUCAUCUCCUGUGACUUGUUAAAGUUGUCCUUCUGUCCCUUUUAUAUUUAUAUACAGCACCCGAUUCUUUGUGCCUCAGACCCAGUAACAUGAGGAAGAGCUUUUGCUAAGAAUGCACCACAGUAAAGUGAGAGCUGAUAAAGCAUCAAUACUCUAUUUUGUGGAGAAAAUCAGUGGGAAGUGUUAGGUCCCAGUUUUCCAGGGAACCAACAGCCUCUGUGUGGGUACCCCAUACGUAAGCCAAACCUUCUCAGACACUGAAAAUUCAGGACUCACAGAAUUGGGGGAGGAAUAACCUCCAUGCUUCCCUGAAUGCCGAAUUACACUUUUUUUUAAAAGUGAAGCAAGCUCUAGCACUAAAGAGACGGACAAUGGGUGCGCAGUGGGUGUGGGUUCAGGGCAGGCAAAACUCCUGCAAUCAGAUACACUUCAUGGGAAAGCCAAACCCAAAACUACGUUGCAGUAACUCCUGAAGCAUCUGGUUAAAUUAAAGAAUCGUCACAUCAAUCAGGGCCAAGCCAUAUUUGCAGCCCAUUUAGGUCAGGAUUGGGGGGGUCCUGACUCAUGCUGGUUUUCAAACACUGUUAUUUUCCCAAUGCUUGACGGCACUUGAGACUUGUUCUCCCAGUGGACCAAAAGGCUGCAGGAGCAGCCUGGUAGCACUGCCCAGGCAUGCCUGUUUUAGCCAGGUCUGCCUGUCUCUGGGCGUGUUCAGGCAGGAGGUUGCUUGAAAACCACCGGAAGAUUCAGCCUCUUGAGGUCCCAGGGCCUGAGUGCAGAUAGAAUCCCACCCGUAUAAGCCUCACAGAGCAAAUCAUAGCAAUGUUGGAAUUGUUAUUUUCAAGUGCUUACUUCAUGACAUUAAAAGAAAUAUUUUUUCUUAUAUAUUAAAAUUAAAAUAAAAUCAUAAAUUUUGAUUUAAAAUCAAA